AUGAAUGAUGUAUAUCUUCUUGAAGCUUUGGAGAUCUACUCCUGCGAAAAAGCUAAGCGUAGGACAGCAGAAGUCUCCUUGCAGUUAUCGCAAGGCCACAGGUGGUGGUGUGAACAAAGCCCUGGAGGAGGACCUAGCAAAGGUCCUCGGGUCGAUGUCGAAGCGGAUGAAAAAAUCGCCAGAGCCCUCGGCCCAGAGGUCAGCUUCGGCAGCCUCCGGCUCGCAGAAAGCUGUGUCGGCGUUGCAGCACCCUCCGAAUGCUCCAACCCGGGAGGAUCACAGGAAUUACUUCAACAAUUGUCCACGUCUGAGAGCGACAGUGACACUGAUUGUGAGGAAAUACCAAAAAAGCGGGGCCGCAAAGAGGCUGUACCUCGAAAAAAAAAAUAUGCGCUACUCACUAAAGUGGACUCCCUUCUCGAUAAGAUCCAGAUCAUUGUGAAUAUACAACCCAAUAAUGGAGCUGUACACAUCACAGGACAAAGGACGACCAAAACCGAUCCUAAUAUAGAAGAGUCUCUUACAUUACAAGUGUGA